AUGGAUCGAGUGGAAAAAAGUAUUUUUCCAUAUUGGAGAAAUGCUGACCACUCGGUUCUUCAUGUGGCCAACGAUUUAGAAGCUGUCGAUGACGAUAAGAAGUUCGCCGUCUCAGUGGAUGUAUCCCAAUUUCGUCCAGAAGAAUUGAACGUGCACCUAGAUGGACGAGUUUUGACCAUCGAAGGCAAGCAGGACCACAAAACUAAGAACAGCACGCUACACAGGUCAUUCACCCGCAAAUGGCUGCUACCGGAAAAUGUCGAUCUGGAAGCAGUUCGUACCCAGGUGGACGAGAAAGGUCAUUUGGCGGUAGAAGCACCGAAGCAUAUUGAAGGCCAUCCGAAGAAAAGAAACAUUCCCAUUAUGGCUGCUUCUUCUGCCAAAACGCCUCCGGCUAAAAAGUGA